CGCUCUGCCCUCUGCUCUGGCUACGGCGUGCCUUUGGGAAAAUAUCAACAGCCUGCCCAGGUGCACUUUGUUCCUUCCAUCCCGCCUCACGUCCUACCCACUUCUCCCAUUCUCAUCGAGCAAUCGUGAUACUUCGAACAAUACCGCCACCAUGAUUAUCUACAAGGAUGCCGUUCUCGAGGUGCUGGGCAACACUGGCGAUGAGCUCAUCUCCGACUCGUUCGACGUCAAGGAGGUUGACGGCGUCGCGUACGAGGCUGACUGCGCCAUGAUCGAGAUUGGUGCCGUUGAUGUCGACACUGGUGCCAACGCUUCCGCCGAGGAGGCUGAGGAGGGUGUCGAGGACUCUGCCGAGAAGGUCAACAACAUUGUCCACUCCUUCCGCCUCCAGCCCACCAGCUUCGACAAGAAGAGCUACCUGGUCUACCUCAAGGAGUACAUGGGCAACGUCAAGAAGGCCCUUGCCGCCAAGGGCGCUACCGAGGAGGAGGUCAAGGACUUCCAGUCCAAGGCCAACGCCUUCGCCAAGAAGAUCAUCGCCAACUUCAAGGACUACGAGUUCUACAUUGGCGAGAGCAUGAACCCCGACGGAAUGGUUGUUCUCCUCAACUACCGUGAGGACGGCGUCACCCCUUACGUGACCCUGUGGAAGCACGGUCUUACCGAGAUGAAGGUUUAAGCCCCCUUGGUGGAUGCGACAGGAAGGAUUUGAAAGAAGAUACCACGAAGCCCAUGAUCAAUGCCACAGUCCCCUUUGUAUCGUGCGGAGGCCCGAGGGGAAAAAAAGUAAAACUAUCUACCGCCAUUUCUUACGAUGCGUGGAGAGCAUUCAUACCGUUUC